CCACAGAAUUUUAACAAAAAUAAAUGAGUGGCACAAUGCAUUCACCAGGACUCCAAUGAAACAUAAAAGGAUUUUCUUUUAGAUUCAGCCAAGUCUCGGGGUCUUAAUUAUCACUACUUUUCAGUGUUAGUCACAAUAUAUUUACAUAAUUUUAUAACGAAGGCUACAGUAGUAGCCUACAGCACUUACAGAGGGCCUGCUGAGCCUUCUCUUAUUAUUUUUAUUAGCAAACCCGAGCCGGGGUAGUGAAACUGGCAGACUUAAAACUUUAACUUUUGACUCGCUUCCACUUGUUACUCACUCAGACUAACUGUUCCUAAAUUAUUUAGACAUUACAGUUGAACCGGCUAAAACCGAGGACGGCUGCCACGGCGUCUUUUGUGUCUUUAUUAUAGUUGCAGUGAUUUAGGGUUUAGGUUAGGUUUAGGGAUCCAUUUAGGGUUCAGGUUAGGCAGGGAUCGAUUUAGGGAUGCAUAAUUUGAGAAAUUCGAUAAAAAAGUGGCAGGCGUCCCCAUUUUUAACCGAACCCGCUUAUCUCAACCUUAGUUAACUCGCCAACCCGGUGGUUAUGUCAACAAUUUUGAAGUUAAGUUUAAGUAAUGAAGUGGAACUGCAAAAUUCUCUCUUUGAUUUUCUCCUAUGUCAUGUCACAGAUCACUGAUAUCUCGAACACAAAAGUUGGCCAAAUUUGCCACCUAACCUCGGUUAUCUUGGUCUCCAUGACCAAUUGCCGACUUUUGAACUCCGCAACAAGAAAUAGCUAGCAACAAAUAAACAAGUUUUUCAUAAUUAAAAAUUAUUAUUUAUUUCUCAAAAUACAGGACUUGUGUUUUAGAAUAAACCUAGAAGCAAUUUAAAUAAAUAUGUUUUAAUUCACUAGAGUCCAUAUUAUAAAUUAUCAUAAUUUGCUGUGUGCAAAACAUUGUCAUGGACAGCCAUUCACGGUCACUUGCAUAAUAGCUAUGCCGUGGAACUACGUCAUAGUUUCAUUCAUAAGAGUUUGCCAUGUGCAAAAACUAUUAAACCAUUGGCUUUAAUUUUAAUUAAAUAGUUAUGUGCCAAAGUUGAAAGUUCAAAAUAAGUAGUCCCUAAAUAGUAUUUUAGUAAUAAGGGGAUGCGUUGCCUUAUAUAAACUAUAUAUUCGUUGCGCAAGACACGAUUAACAGAAUGAGGUCACAAAAUAUGGAGGUUCGUACAUAAUAGAAAAUACCAAACAAACUCGCACUUUAAAAAUUCAAAGCUCGAAAAGUACUAAAGUUAAAAAGUUGAUUCUGUUUCAUUAUCUUAAAUUUGCUCUAAAUAAUUGGAAAUUAAAAAAUAUUGGCUAUUUCAGAUUUAGCGGCCCACGACGACUUUGUUUUUUUUUACUGAAGUACCUGCAUUUAUUAAUGCACAUCAUGUAUAUAAAGAAAUUUCAAGCACAUGUUAAUAUAUUGCUGCCAUAUUGGUUUUCGGUUAUCUCAGUCAUCUGUUAUCUCGACGCUUUUUGGCAAACCCUGAGGCUGUCGACAUAACCGGGUUCUACUGUAUUUGAAAAAAAUUAUUUAAUAUUAAUAUUUUUAAUUGGCUUAGGGGUGCUAUUAAUAAUUAGUAUUAGUCUAUUUAACUUCUUAUUAGUAUUAGACCUUCUUAUUGAAUUGAAAUGGAAAAGUUUGAUUGUACUUUUAGUAAUUGCAGGAGUAGAUUUAUUACAAUUGCAGUCAAUUCAAUAGUAAAUCAACUCCAUGCUUCUUUUUAUGGUAUAAUUAUUGGUUAAAUUACCAGACUUGAGUGUCUUUUGUUAGAAAAUUGUGUUCUUCCAGUUUGAAGUGAUAUUUAAACUGUUCUUCUUUUAUUGAUAAGAUAAAAAAAAUUGAAUUGAUCCUAAUAAAUUGAAAUUUGUAAUUUGUACAUAAUCAUUCAACAUAUAAAUAAAAGACCAAAUUUUUAAAAUGGGAACAUUUAAACAAUUUAAUGUAUGAAAAGAAAACAGAGUUUGAGUUGAUGCAUAGUUCUCCCCCAAGCUAACAAGGAAGUUCUUUAAAAUAUUUCCACAAAUACGAUAACGAAACAUGAACUCACUCAAAUAUGCAGGGAAAAGAUGGCGGCUUGUGCCAAACUGCCUUUGCAGUUUUCAAUAUUCUGCAUGUGGACACCAGGAUCAUUUGGAUUGACAAAAUUUUGUUGAUGGACCACAGUGGAGUGUUUGUAGAUUCUGUGUCUGAUCUGGGUAGGCAUAAAGCGCCCAUCCAUCUGAUACAAUUUGUGAGCCUGUAAGAAUAUACCGGUAUAUCUCUUAUGCACUCUUUUAAUGUGAUCACUUGUCGGUCUGGCACUUAAACAAGAAACCAGUGCCCACUCUAUCUUUCUAUGCCAUGAAAAUCUAGUCACCCUCUCUCAGAUGUACUAUUAACAGACUUCAAUAAAAGAAUAACAGUUUAUAGCACGUCAUAUUAUUUAAUUUUAGAAGACAACAAGUCAUUACGAAAGUUAAAGAAACGGUGGUUAAUUUAUGUAUGGCGGCCCACUUUGAGUUUGAGUUUCUUUGUAGAAUUUUCUUCCUUUUUUUUAUUCUUGGAUUGUUUCUAGAGUUAAAUUUUCUUUUUUUUAAAUAUAAACACGCUGAUGGAAUGUUUUAAAUUAAUAUUUCAUUGGGGGUUAGCUUUAAUGUAUAAAUUUUCAGGGAUUCUGAAAAAUGGGUGUUGGUUUUUCUGACACCUUUUGGAUUUUGUUUUAGUUGAACCUGCACUAGAGUUUGUAAAAGUGUAUUCUAUAAACUGUUGUAAGUUGGGCUUUCUAUAUUUAAAUAUUUUUAAAAUAAUUUUAAUUUUUUAAUUCAAAUCUACGAUUUUCUCAAGCACAGUACAGUGUGAAACUGUAGCACACAAACUUUUAGAGUUCAAGUUAGGCGUUAGGUCAUAGAUUUUAGGUUUUAAAAUUUACAGUUAAAUUAGGAGGGGGACUAAAUUUACCCUUAAAGUUACACUAAAGUUAAGGGGGAAUUACAUUUGAGAAGUAUAUUUUAGGAAUGAAGGUAUAUAAAAAAAAUUUAUUUAAUUAAAUUUUAAUGUUUUGUUAUUAAUUUCGUUUCUCUCCGUAAGUAGCUAAAACAGCACAUUCUCUCUCCAUUUACCCUCCCAAUUUUAACAGACAAUUUUGCACUACUUUUUUUUUUUACACCUGCCAUCAUGGCAACCAAGAUGACGGCUGUGGGAAAUGAGUGGCUCGCCAAACUUAAAUUUACUGAAACGGUUAUUCAAGACCUGUUAUUUGCUUAUGGCUGCGCACUAAAUGUAAGCUCAGAAUUAAAAAUGCAGCAAAUAAUUGAUCGCUUUGCUAAUACCUGUGACCACAACGGCCUCAUCAUCAAUACGAAAAAAACAGACCAUGCACCAUUCACCUCCAGGAAAAGCUUCAGAAGAUUCUAACAUAUCAGUGAAGGAGCAGAUUCUCCAAGCAGUCGAAAAAUUCACAUUUUGGGCAGCACCUUCUCCAGAUCAGUUACAAUAGAUGAUGAAAUCAACAACUGAAUUUCCUAAGCAAAUGUUGCAUUCAGAAGGCUCUGCAAGAGUUUCUGGGAGCAAACACGUCUCAAGCCAGUUGGGCAAGGCAUGUUGCGAGAAUGCCAGACAGCAGACUUCCCAAACAACUAAUGUACGGUGAAAAUUCCAGAGGGAGUAGGAUGUGGGGAAUGGGCAAAUAGUGAAUCCUGCCUUCAGUCUGGGACCCAUUUACCCAGAAGAGCAUUGACAGGUUGGAGGCGGUCCAGCGACGAGCAGCACGCUUUGUCCUAAGCCGCUACAGGAAUACCUCUAGUGUUGGCAGCAUACUGGAAACACUAGGCUGGUCACCAUUGGAGAAACGACUACGACAAUCCAGGCUCUCCAUGAUGUACAUGAUAAAUAAUGGGCUGGUCCACUGUUCCAGUAUUAAACAGAAACUCGUCCCUCUCCCCCAUAGACAGCGACGAGGCCAUGACAGGCAAUUCAGACUCAUACCAGCAAGAAGCCAGUAUAGGAGCUGCUCAUUCCUGCCCAAGACAAUCAGGGACUGGAACAAUCUUUCAAAAGGAACGGUUGAGGCGACAACACUAGACACAUGUGUGUCUAUUGCCUCAAGCCUUCAAACCCCUAGUGCAUGAUUCCCUCACAAAGUGGCACUGGAAAUCUGUGAAAUUUCCCCAUCAACACCAGGAACAGAAACAUUGCAAAUCCCAUCUACAUGCAUAGGAGCCAAAAUGAUCAAUAAAUUGAUUGUGGGCCCUUAAGAUAUAGAAGAAGAAGAAGCUCAGGGGUUUCCUCAUCUAUCAAGGCUCAUGUUGUUAGGCAACAGGGCUGUUUUUAAAAUAAUGUGCGUAUGGGACAAACACAAUCUGUUUCUUUUUAUUUUAACUUUUAAGAUUUACAUAUCUUUGCUUAGGUAUGGGGUAAGGAAUAUGGCCUAAGCCUAAUGCUAAUUAUCUUCUUUUUUUUUGGCUCUGGGGACACUGGAGAAUUUUGUUAAUGUAAAUUUAUUACACUCCUUUAUUAAAAAAUAAAAAAUUGACUCUCGCAUUAAAUAAUUUGGAUCCCAUCAUUGAAUACAACUACAAUGGCUAUUAUAAUUAUAUUACCGGUAUUUAAUUGAGAUGUAGGCCUAAUCCGGGGGAAAUACAAAUAUGAUUCAACAAAGACACAAUGUUCAAUAGGCCCUAAACAUAAGUAAAGUUAUCUAUAUAUAUAAUUCGCCAGAAACUAAGGCACAACAAGACAAAGACGACCACGCAGGCUAUAUUUAGAUACGCCAGAGCAAGCAAGACGCAGGCCAGCUCUCCCUUCCCUUGCCUGCCCAUUGUUGGUCUCGAGACAUGCGCACUGCGGCGGAGCUACCGCCCGCCCCCCCCCCUGCACCACCCUCGCUUGCCAGCCAUGCGCACACACCAACAAGCUUGCGGCGUCUGCUAAGUCACGGGUCGGCUAUAUUUAUAUAGUUCAUGGGCGUGAAAUAAAAAGUGUGCAGUGACGUAUCAUGAAGGGGCGAGGGGGGGGGGAGCUAAAUUGGCACUCUUAUUCUUAAAUGUGCGUAACUUGAGUUCACGUUUUUGUCAAGUAACUUUCGUAGAUGGGAAGUUCAUGCAUUGCUGUUUGUACCUAGUGGUCUUAAGCCUAAUACAGGCAAUUCAAAGCUCUUUAAUUCUUUGAAGGUAUAGAUAGAUUCAGCACUUAGUUUUUUUUUACGAAUGGCGGUUAAAAAAGCCCCCCCUGUUGGUCGCAGAAAAUAUUUUUGUAGCAGAUAUAAUUUAUAUUUUUAAGUGCCCUUCAAAAUGGCAUGUAUAUUUAUUAAUAAUUAUGUUACCGGUAAGAAACUUCAUUUAAAAAAAAAAAAUUUAUCUUAAAAAAUGAAUAUGUUCUGAUAACUUAAAGAUGGGUAAAAAAUUAUUCAACCUGCAUACCAAUUGUGUUUAGAAAGAUCAAAUAAAUUUAUAUUAGUUGUAAUUAGAGAUUUAGAUCACAUAAUCUUAAAAUUUAUUUACAAGGGAACAGAUGACAAUAAUGGGCAGUCAGGGCUUUAAUGUCCCAACAAUCCCACCAGAUUUACGACGAGAAGAGACAAUUCACCAAAUAGCUGACGCACUAGAGUAUUUGGAUAAGGUACAAAGUUGAUCCCAAAAGAUACAAGCUAUUUUGUGUUUAGUCAGUUACUUCUAAUUUAAGUUUUAAAAUAAAAAUUUCUGACAUCACAUUUCAUAAUAUUUCAAGCCAAAAGUAUUUUGCGCUUAAAAUUAAAAAGUUAUUGUUCAACUAAUAUCAAGACACCAAUUGACAAUAUUCUAUGCUUUAUCUUCAGUAUAAUUCAAAAAUUAAAUAUUUAAAAUUAAUUAUUAUCUUUAUGAGUCUGAUAGUUAUUCAGUUAUUACGGUUAUUUUUAAAAUCUGUUAAGAAUUUCCAAAUUAACCUUCUGAGUCGUUUUUUUUUCUCAAUGCAUUUAACUCAUUCAAAAUUAUAUUUUAGGUUGCCAAUGACGUUUUUGCCCGUAUAGGAAAGCGGGUAGCAGAAAAUAAAACUCAUCUUCAAAAGAUCAAUGACCGUGUCAAUCUUGCCUCGGCAAGGGUUGACAAGCUUAAGGGAAGUAACAAAGCAACAAAAGUAUUUGCUAGUGCCAAGUACCCUGCUGAAGAUAAGUUAGAACCUUUCAAAACAUCAUUUACAAACACAGAUGGACUCCGUGAAAUUAAGCGUUCUCAUUACAAGGUACGGUACAUAUAAAAUUCAUAAAUGAAAAAUAACUAAUUCAGUCAACAACUAAUUAAUAAAGAUGUUUUACUUUUUAUUACAUUUAUACAUUACUAAGGUGUUAUUUUAAAUAUUUCUUGUUUUGUGUAUGAAACUUCCACAGAUAAAGAAUUUUUCCAUUUAAACCAAUUCAAAAAUUGAUUUCCCAUCUGAGAAUUAAAUUGUUUUGUUUUUUUUAAAAACAGGUUCAAGAAAAGCAUGCACCUGUUGAUGAAAGAGUCUUACGAGAGAAACUCCAGUUUUACAAUGUACACCUUAGUACUAGAGCAAAGAGAGAGCCAAGUAACCAAGGUGAAGGCUUGGGUGGCCUUCCCAAAAAUAUUCCAUCAGUCAGUUCAUUACUACUGUUCAAUACAACUGAAAAUCCGUAAGUUGAUCCCGGAAUAAAAAUGAUUUCAUAAUAUUUACUUUAAAUCGCAAGAGACCAUAGACCCACAACUUGAAGGCAUCUUAAUUUACAGUGAGAUUCAAUAAAAAUGUACAUAAUUCCCAAAAAUAUAUUAAUUUUCAUAAAAUAAUUGUAGUUUUUCUCACUGCUAUUUCACUUAUUAUAGCUCUGAUUGUAGUGGUCCUGCCAGCUGAACAAGUUUAUAAAUAAGCUGAACAUUUCUUUGUAGACCUUUAUCUGCUGUAAUUUAUGUAUAGAUGGUUUUAAAUAUUUGAAUGCCUUUGAAUUUGGAUAAUAAAUUAUCAAUUUAAAAGAAUAAAAACUGACACACCCCAGUAAUGUGUGUGGUUUAAGCUCUUCUUUUAGGCAUAAUUUCUUAAUUUUUAUGCUUGUUCUUCUCAUUUGAAACCUAAAAAUAAAAAUAAUUACCAUUAAGAUAAUGAUGUUCUUAUGCAUUUUUUGCAUGAUGAUUGUUUUUAAAUUUCACUGCAUCCUUAUUUGUCUAUUUGGAUGAUUCUACAAUUUUAAGACCUUCCCGAAACCUUUUCUCCAGCAUGCACGAUGAAGGAUUCGCUGGGGAAGUGUGAAAUUUUUAUUUAAAAUUUAUUAUCAUGAUUAACUAUUCUUAAAUCUUGAUUCUAAUUAUUAAACCUGUACCUUUUUUUAUCAACCAGAUAUAAAAAGUAUGUUAUCCUGGAUCCACUUGGUGUGGUGACAAAGACCAGGUCAGCUAUUGAAGAGGAAGUUGGUGCUAUGGCAGAGGCACCAUCAACAAUUGUCCACAAUGAGGAAAUGUACAGAGUGACAGCUGAUAAUUUCCUAUACAUGCCAGAGCUUGGAUCUGUACCUGAAAUUGCAGUACCAGAUCUUUUACCCAAUUUGCCAGGUAAGAGUUUUUUUAUUUUCUUUCAAAAUUUGCUAUAAAAAAAUGAGUAGGGGAAAAUAUUACAUUUUUAAGACAUAAUCUUAAUACUUUUAUAAAAUGUACAUAUACAUAUAUAUAAUUCUGGAAUACUACUCUUUUUUUUUUUUUUUUUUUUUAAUUUUUUGUUUUUGUUAAAAACAGAAAGUUUCAAAAAAAAAUGAAAUUAAUUUUUUUUUUUAAUACUUUUAUAAAAUGUACAUAUACAUAUAUAUAAUUCUGGAAUAUUUUUUUUUUUUUUUUUUUUUGUAACUGCUAGUCUCUGAUAAAGACAGAACGUUUCAAAAAAAAAAUGUAAUUAAUUUUUUUUACCAUGUAUUAGGUGUGGCUGAUGAUCUUGCAUUUAGCGGUGACCAAGGACCUUCCAUUGCCCCUUCAGUUAUGGGCUCAAACAUGCCUGAACUUCCUUCCGUGGGUCCAGAACAAGAAGCUUUGCCUAUGGGACCAACACCAGGUGCUCCACCACCUCCACCCCCAACAACAGGACCACCUUUAGAUGCACCUCCUCCUCCCCCACCUCCUGCAAGUAUGCCACCACCACCCCCACCACCACCAGAUGUACCUUUGCCUCCCCCAGGACCUCCACCGCCAGCUCCCGAAAAUGCUCCUAAAGAUGUUGUUCAGCCAUCAACCGGGCGCCAAAGUUUAUUAGAGUCUAUCGUCAAGGCUGGGGGUGCUGCUGGCGCUGGUCUUAAAUCAGCCAAAGACAGGAAGCACAGCAACAAGAAGAAAAAACAAGAAGAGAAAGAGCAAGGAGCAACAGCUAAAAGCAGCGGAGGGGGAGGUGGUGGAGACCUCAUGAGUGAUUUGUUUUCUAGAAUUUCAAUGAGAAGGAAAGGGAUCUCUGGCACAAAUAAAGCUGGAGAGAAAUCAGAACCUGCUGCACCUGUGAGUGGAGGGGCAUCAUCGGCCAUGGAGAAAAUAUCUUCUAUGAUACCACCACCACCAAAAAAUAGUAGCACACCUCAGACGGCCAAUAGUGACGAAGAUUGGGACUAACAUGUUCUCAACACUAAUACAAAUAAUAAAACUAUAAGGUUUAUAUAGACAUGACUUUAAUUUAAAGACAAACAUGCAUUGUUUUGAGGAAAAAUAAGUUUUGGCUAUUGCCCUUGACCCCAUGAAAAUAAAAAAUGAUGUUGUCAUCAGGGUUAAUCUGAGUAGCUUCUUCUAAAUAGAAGAGAAAAUGGGGGAGGGGGGGGGCAUUAAAUUGUUGCUCAUUUGUUAAUAUUUACUGUGAUAAAGUACUACUAUUUUAUGUGUGGGUUUUUUUUCUUCCAUUUUUUUAAUACUGUAUGAUUCCACAAGCAUUUUAUUCCUGUUAAAACUUGUUUCUGUAAGAAAAUUUGAUAUCUUACUCAAAAUAAAAUUGUGGUCAUGCAAUAUUUAUUUAGAUGAUAAAAAUAUGUUAAUUUCUGAUCUAAUCUCCUAUUUUAGAUAUAAAAUUAUUUAUAAUUUAAUUUGAGAGUAAACUUUGCAAAAAUGGGAUUGCUUUAGGUGAAAGAAUGAGUGGAAAAGUGUAUGUAUUAAUUUUGAAUGAGCCUAUUUUAUUUAAGAAUGAAUACUUUCAGAUUGUUUUUCUUCUAUUUAACUGGUUACAAUGUUACUCAUAAUAUAACUAUCAGUGCUACAUUACAUUUUACAAUUUUAUCACUUAAAGAAAGUCUCUCCUCAGACAUAUUCCAAUGUUUAUGUCAAUAUAUUAUGCAUAUACCAGCAGACAUGAUAAGAAAAGAAAUAAAAUAAUUGUAUACUGUACAAGUGUUGCGAAAAAAAGCUAUAAAAACAUUAUACAUUAUAAAAUUCUUGUCUUUAAUUUCAAUAUUGUUAAGAUAAUUAAGG